UCACGUUAAGUCUAUUUAUUUUUAUUAGAAAAUAUACACACACACAUAUAUAUAUAUAACAUCGUCUGAACGGAUUCUUUCCACUGAACGGAGACGCUCAAAAGGUGACAAAAGCGGGAGAAACCAUGGCAACCGCGGCGGAGACCCCCCUCAAUGAGGACGGGGUGAGGAGGAAAAGGGUGAGGAAGAGGGAGGUGGGAUGUCAGAGCGACUCAGCAGAGACGAGGGACGCUGGCGUCCAGGUGGACCUGCUGAUUCAGCAGAUCGGCUGGACACAUCCAGGGGGGAGUGCUGUGCCGUGGCAGUGUGUUUCUCUUACAUCAGAUGAACCAGGUGAAGAUGCUGCGCUGCCAAACCUACAGGACGUCAAGGUCCAGCUCUGCUCCUCCCACUUACCCAUGAGGCCUCAGGAACCUGGCUCCGCCCCUCAGUCCUCACCUUUAUCCAGCAUACUGUGCAGCAUAUCCUUCAGUGCCACCGUAGGAGGAGCUGCUCCUCCUGGACUCAUUGCUCCUCUUAGCCCCCGUCUCGCGGAGGAGGAGGAGGAGAAGAACAAGAGGAAGGAGAAGAAGAAGAAGAAGGAGAAGGAGAGGGAAAAGAAGAAUGAGGAGAAGACAAAGAAGAAGAAUGAGGAGGAGAAGGAGAAGAAGAAAAAGAAGGAGAAGAAGAAGAAGAAGGAGGAGGAGAAAGAGAAAGAGGAGGAGGAGCCUCGGAGGCCAAGGAGGAUGAGGGUUGGUCCAACAAUCAGAUACCUGCUGGAGUCAGAGGAGGUGUCACAUGGUCUCUCAGCAGCCAAUCACAGCAGAGUGAGCAUUGCCAUGGUGAAGAAGAGGAGGACGGAGCAUGAGGAGGAGGAGGAGAGGAUGGACACACCGAGAGAAAGGACGGAGUCCCCAGAGGAUGGAGGAGUGGACACAUGUGAGGUGGGUGCUGUCCUCUGCCUGUCCUCUACCUGUCCUUUACCUGUCCUCAGGUGUGUGGUCUGACCUUGUCUAGCUAUGUGUCUCUGCAGCGCAAUUUGUCCGUCCACAGAGGACAAAGUCAAAGGGAGGAGGAACUGGAAGAGGAGGCAGAGCAGGAGGAGACAACACCCCUCCCUCCAGCACCAACCGAGGCCUCUGAUUGGAUGGUAAAUGUAAAGGAUGUAUGUACAAAGAAAAGG